AAGCAAUUGCCAAAAUGAAGACGGCUUUAAUUUUACUCAGCAUUUUGGGAAUGGCCUGUGCUUUCUCAAUGAAAAAUUUGCAUCGAAGGAUCAAAUUAGAAGAUUCUGAAGAAAAUGGGGUCUUUAAGUUCAGACCACGGUAUUAUCUUUAUAAGCAUGCCUACUUUUAUCCUCCUCUAAAACGAUUUCCAGUUCAGGGCAGUAGUGACUCUUCUGAAGAAAAUGGAGAUGGAGAUAGUUCAGAAGAGGAGGAGGAAGAGGAGGAGACCUCCAAUGAAGAAGAAAAUAAUGAAGAUUCUAAUGGAAAUGAGGAUGAAGAAUCUGAGGCUGAGAACACCACACUUUCUACUGCAACACCUGGCUAUGGAGAAGAGGUUACACCUGGAAUAGUGAACGUGGGCUUAGCUGCCAUCCAGCUUCCCAAGAAGGCUGGGGAUAUAGGAAACAAAGCUACAAAGAAGGAGGAAAGUGAUGAAGAAGAAGAGGAAGAGGAAGAAAACGAAAAUGAAGACAACGAAGCAGAAGUGGAUGAAAAUGAGCAAGGCAUAAAUGGGACCAGCACCAACAGCACAGAGGUGGAAAAUGGCAACGGCAGCAAUGGGGGAGACAACGGGGAAGAAGGUGGAGAAGAAAGUGUUACUGGAGCCAAUGUCAGAGGAACCACAGUAACCAGAUGGCGGAACAAUGGUGGCUCCAAGACAACAACACCUCUAAAUGGUAGGUUUGAUCCUUCAACCCCACCACUGGAGGUCUAUGGGACCACGUCCCCACCAUUUGGAAGAACCACCACUGUUGAAUAUGAGGGGGAGUAUGAGCAAACAGGCACCAAUGAAUAUGACAAUGGAUAUGAAGUGUACGACAAUGAGAAUGGCGAGCCUCGCGGGGACAACUACAGAGCCUAUGAGGAUGAGUACAGCUACUACAAGGGUCAGGGCUAUGGUGGCUAUGAUAGUCAGAAUUACUAUUACCAUCAGUGAGGGCUCAGCCUUGCAUGAAUUCCUCCAUUCUAGUGUUGCAUCUGGCUGCCAUUUUCAAAAUUCAACUCAGGACGGUGCUAUAUGACAAAUUUGCCUCUUACAAUGUGGAAUGGUAAUACAGUUCCAAAGUGAUCUUCUGUAAUUGCUUCUGUGAGGAAUGGGUUUCUUGUUGCUUUUCUCUGAUGUUACUGAAAGGUGGUUGUAAACCAAAGUCAUUUAUCAAGCAGUACACCAAUCCAUGACAUGGAAUUAGAUGGAAUGUUUGAGGAUGUAGCCCUAUAAAUAAUGUUUGUAACCUGUUUGCACUAUUGCUAACUGCCUAAACAUAUUCUUUGUACA